AUGGGUUUCCUUUCUACCUCCGCCGCCGCAGUCGCGCUGCUGGCUUCUUUCGGCAACGCAGCGCCAACGAGCCUGGUCUCUGGCGUUGAUGCGAGGGCCAUCAAGGGCUUCGACUUUGGCAGCACGAAAAUUCGGGGCGUGAACUUGGGAGGAUGGUUCGUCCUGGAGCCGUGGAUUACUCCAUCCAUCUUCGAGGCGACUCCAGACAAUGUCGUGGACGGUGAGAAGUGCCUGCAGUCGAGAAGUAAUGGCAUAGCUGACAGUGAGCAGAGUAUACUUUCGGCCAGACUCUUGGACAGACGGAAGGCCGAAGGCGUCUCGAACAGCACUGGAGUACCUUUUAUACCGCCAACGACUUCGCCCUGAUGAAGAAGUAUGGUAUCAACUUUGUGCGCAUUCCAAUCGGCUACUGGUCCAUCACUCCUUUGUCGGGUGAUCCAUACGUUACUGGUGCGUACGAGCACCUGCCCAAUGCGCUGCAGUGGGCCAACGAGAAUGGUAUCAAGGUCUUGCUUGAUCUUCACGGUGCUCCCGGGAGUCAGAACGGCUUCGACAACUCUGGCCGGCGAGGUGCGAUUGGUUGGGAAAAGGGCGAUACCGUCAAGCAGACCAUUGCUGCGCUGAACAAGCUCCGAGACGAUCAUGCUGCAAACGAAGCUGUUGCCGCGAUUGAGCUUCUCAACGAGCCAAUGGGUCCACAGCUUGACCAGAACGUCCUUCGGCAAUUCUACAAUGACGGCUGGGGCAAUUUGCGCGACAGCCCCGUUGCACCCGUCUUCCACGAUGCAUUCUUGGGGGUGAAUUCCUGGAACAACUUUGGUGCGGGCGAAGCCAACUGGAUUCUCGACACUCACCAUUACGAGGUCUUCGAUGCCGGUUCUCUGCAGAUGGGAAUCCAGCAGCACAUCAGCACCGCCUGCCAGUUUGGUGCUUCCAUGGCCACGAACAACAAGUGGACCAUUGCGGGCGAGUGGACUGGCGCCAUGACGGAUUGCGCCAAGUGGUUGAACGGACGCGGUGUGGGUGCCCGCUACGACGGCUCGUACAACUACAACGGCCAGGGCUCCUCAUAUAUCGGCUCGUGCGAUGCGAAGACGACGGGUACGGUCGCGGGUCUCGGCGAGGCAGACCACAACAACAUCAAGUCCUUCAUCCAGGCACAGAUGGCAGCGUACGAGAAGGCGAACGGGUGGAUCUUCUGGGCGUGGAAGAACGAGGCUGCUCCGGAGUGGCAUUUCAAGAACUUGACUGAGGCCGGGAUGGUUCCUCAGCCACUUGGUCAAUACGGUGAGUGUCCUUGAUCAUGACGACGGCCAUUGUACUGGUUGCUGACAUUGCUCCUUCCCUCCAGGCAACAUCUGUGGCUAA